UAUUUAAAAGCUCUGCAUUUGAUCUCCAGCUCACGGAUCCAGCAGAAUUCCCUUUCCAGUGAGCCCACUGCCUCUGUGUACAGCUGCAUUGGGACCAGAGAACUUGGGAAUGGCAGACUGGCCUCUGGCCCUAUCCCAGGAAACUAUGGCCCAGUUCAACCAGGUAAAGACUUCAGAGGACAUAGAAUCUACAUGUCUGAAGACAGGGUCUACACCUACCCACCGAAACUCUCAGUCCACAGACAUGGCACCCAGACCACUGUUGCAUCUGCAGGGUAUUGAAGAAGGGAAGGCCCCUGUCCCACCAUCUCGGAGAAGUUCCAUCAUGAGCAUCCUCAAUGCUCCCUUUCCCAGCAGGAGAAACUCACUAGCUACCGGAGGCAGGCGCCUUUCCUGGAUGCACUUUGGCCGAGUGAGUUUCUCUGGGCUACCACUCUUUGAACCCAUCCAGGAAACGUACUAUGAAAACACUUACAAGACCCAGCCAGACGAGGGGUGCCGGUUUAAUGUUUUUCAAACCCAGCAGGUUCUUGAAUCUAUUCUAGCCAGCUACUUUGGUGAUGCCAAGUACAAUCCUGCAAAUAGUGGCCAGUUGGCCCAAAAUUUGUCAGAUCUCAUCCGGAACAGAGUCAAAGAACUGACCCCACCUCGAUAUAAGCUGGUAUGUAAUGUCUUUCUGGGACAACAGGCCAACCAAGGUCUGCAGAUUGCCAGUCGGUCCCUCUGGGAUGUAGAGAAUGACAACUUUGCCUCUGCCAUAUUUACUAAUUCUUACCUUUUUGCUGUGGCCACAGUACAUGGAGUGUAUUUUGAGUAAGCCAUGU